CAGCCUACUCACACCAAGCGUCAGGACAGACAGAGACUUCUCACAAACGAGGACAAGACCAAAGGCAUCAUGGUAAAAGUUGGUAUCAACGGAUUUGGCCGCAUUGGGCGCCUGGUGACCCGUGCUGCUUUCCAGUCCAAGAAAGUAGAGAUUGUGGCCAUCAAUGAUCCCUUCAUUGACCUCAGUUACAUGGCAAGUUCCAAUGGUUCCCUUUUUGUGACUGAUUCCACCUGUCUGUUUACUAGCAAUGCCUCCUGCACCACCAACUGCUUGGCUCCCUUGGCCAAGGUCAUCCAUGAUAACUUUGUCAUUAUUGAAGGUCUUAUGAGCACUAUUCAUGCCAUCACAGCCACACAGAAGACUGUGGAUGGGCCCUCAGGGAAACUGUGGAGGGAUGGCCGCGGUGCCAGUCAGAACAUUAUCCCAGCCUCCACUGGGGCUGCCAAGGCUGUGGGCAAAGUCAUUCCUGAGCUCAAUGGCAAGCUUACUGGUAUGGCCUUCCGUGUCCCCACCCCCAAUGUGUCUGUGGUGGAUCUGACUGUCCGUCUUGAGAAACCUGCCAGUUAUGAUGAGAUCAAGAAAGUGGUCAAGGCUGCAGCUGAUGGACCCCUGAAAGGCAUUCUGGGGUACACCGAGGACCAGGUGGUAUCCACUGACUUCAACGGGGAUGUGCGUUCAUCUAUCUUUGAUGCUGGUGCUGGCAUUGCCCUCAACAAUCACUUUGUCAAGCUGGUCACAUGGUAUGACAAUGAGUUUGGUUACAGCAACCGUGUAUGUGACCUGAUGGCAUACAUGGCCUCCAAAGAGUAAAUGUGUCCCCCUUUUUUGUGGUUUUUGAUACACGACCCACCGUUCUCCCAUCUGGUUGGAUUUUUGCACCACUUGCCUUGAAGGAAAUUACAUUCUUGAUUUGAAGACCAAUGUUAUUUUUAUAUGAAAAUACUCUGUUCUGUUAUGUGUGAGGUUUAAAAUGGAUGUUGACUUCAAAGGCUUUUCUGUCUGCUAACAACCUGUGACGGAAUAAAGUCCUCUGUUUGUGAGAAAUGGAAA